GGCGGGGGCGCUGCCGCCGCCGGCUCCGCGCAGUCCCACCCCGCCUGCCCUCCAGGAUGAGCCCUGAGUAUUCUCUGCGCUCCUUGCUGCUCAUCAUCCUCGCCACCUUCUCGGCCAACGCCAGCAACUGGCUCAGAACCUAACUCAAGGGAGGAUGGACAGGAAGGAGAUAAAACCACUCUGCAUGCCAGGCUGUGAAGAACUGGAUAAGCUACAAAUAUGAGCAACAGCAAGAGGUACCUGGCAAAGCUGUCUUCAGUGGGGAGCAUCUCUGAGGAGGAGACCUGCGAGAAGCUGAAGGGUUUGAUCCAGCGCCAGGUGCAGAUGUGCAAGAGGAAUCUGGAGGUGAUGGACUCGGUGCGACGUGGAGCCCAGCUGGCCAUUGAGGAAUGCCAAUACCAAUUCCGCAACCGCCGCUGGAACUGCUCCACACUGGAUACCUUGCCUGUCUUCGGCAAGGUGGUGACACAAGGGACACGAGAGGCAGCGUUCGUCUAUGCCAUCUCUUCGGCAGGGGUGGCCUUUGCCGUGACCCGCGCCUGCAGCAGUGGCGAGCUGGACAAGUGUGGAUGUGACCGCACAGUGCAGGGGGGCAGCCCACAGGGCUUCCAGUGGUCGGGCUGCUCCGAUAACAUCGCCUAUGGUGUGGCCUUCUCGCAGUCCUUCGUCGACAUCCGUGAGAGGAGCAAAGGGGCCUCUUCCAACAGAGCAUUAAUGAACCUCCACAACAACGAGGCAGGGAGGAAGGCGAUCCUGAACAACAUGCGGGUGGAAUGUAAGUGUCAUGGUGUGUCAGGCUCAUGCGAGUUCAAGACAUGCUGGAAAGCCAUGCCCCCCUUCCGCAAAGUGGGCAGUGUCCUGAAGGAGAAAUUCGACGGUGCCACAGAGGUCGAACAGAGCGAGAUUGGAUCCACCAAAGUGCUGGUGCCCAAAAACUCCCAGUUCAAGCCACAUACAGAUGAGGACCUUGUCUACCUAGACUCCAGUCCCGACUUCUGUGACCAUGACCUCAAGAAUGGGGUCCUGGGCACCAGUGGGCGGCAGUGCAACAAGACCUCCAAGGCUAUCGAUGGCUGUGAGCUGAUGUGUUGCGGCCGUGGCUUUCACACGGACGAAGUGGAGGUUGUGGAAAGGUGCAGCUGCAAAUUCCACUGGUGCUGCUCCGUCAAGUGCAAACCCUGCCAUCGGGUGGUGGAGAUCCACACAUGCCGGUGAUGAACAGGGGAGGGCACCCACCUGUAUCCUCUUUAAGUGACCCUGCUUCUCCCUUGCCCCACAGCCAGGACUGAGGAAGUGACCCAGAUGCUGCAGGGAGAGCACAGCUCUUUACAGAGACAGAACCACAGAGAAAAACAGAUUUUAAAGAAAAAAAUAUUUAAAGUUUAAAAAACCAGAUCAUUGUUGGCUUUC